AUGGAUGAGUCAUUGAGAAUGCACAUCUUUGUCAAGAAUCCCACCGGCAGGACAAUCUGCCUCAAGGUCCACUCAUCAGACACCCUGUACACCGUCAAGGCAAAGAUCCAAGACCAGUAUCGUCUCGUCUUCGACGGGGUGCAUCUAGAGGACAACUUUACGUUGGCUGAUUAUGGCAUCGAGCAUGAAUCUACGCUUGACCUCCAAGAAAAGAUGCAAAUCUUCGUGACAGAGACGCUAGAAGGUAGGACCAUCACUCUCGAGGUUGAUAGCCUAGACACCAUUGGCAGCCUGAAGGCCAAGAUCCAAUACAUGGAGGGCUUUCCCAAGGGCCAGCAGUGCCUCAUCUUUGCCAACAAGCAGCUGGAGGAUGACAACCGCACCUUGGCCGACCACAACAUCUGGAAGGAGUCCACCAUUCUCCUUGUCCUCCGCCCGUGUAGUACAAUAGGAGGUACGAUGCACAUCUUCGUGAAGACACUGUUAGGAAAGACCCACGCUCUUGAGGUUGGGAGCUUGGACACCAUUGAGAGUGUCAAGGUGAAGAUCUAUGAGAAGGAGGGCACUCGCCCGAUACAGCAGCGCCUCAUCUUUGCUGGCAAGCAGCUGGAGGACGGGCGCACGCUGGCAGACUACAACAUUCAGAGGGAGUCUACCCUUCAUUUGGUGCUCUGCCUUUGUGGUUGCUGA